GCGUGAUCUCCGUUGCAUGGCAACUGCAGGCCAGUCACGUGUGCUCACUUCACAUGACAACAUUCACUGUAUGUAGCUCGGCUGUCCACGCCACAUCUCACUUCUCCUUAUCUCAAUAUAUUACAAUACAACCAGCAUUUACUGCAACAAUCUCGGAUCACAGUUGCUUACCCGAAAUCUCCUCUCCCCUUCUCCAUCAUUUCAACCUCAGAAACGACCUAGCUCGCGCUCAAUCUACACACCCUAACUCCCUCCUUUCAACCCGUGGAAACGGUUCAGCCUCAAGCUUUGCACAAUGUUCGGCUACCUCAAACCAAAUCGCAAAGGUGUCGAUGACCUGAACCCCUCUCGAGCCACAGCAGAGCGCCCCAUCUUCAUCGUCUACGAGCCUCCUCGUUCGGGAGAGGUCCGACCCUUCCACCAUGCCUACCUGGUACUCGGACGCCGAGGCUCCAGUGCUCAAGUAGACAGUAACAGCAAAGGCACAGCAUACGAUCGCUUCGGCGCAAAAGGCGAGAAGACCACAUUCGCCGCUGACCCGGAAGGGUUUGAAGGUUUGAAGAAUGGGGAAUGGGCUGUGUUUCAGGGAUGGACAAACAAGACUAAUGAGGCGAUUCAGAGUACGGUUGAUGGUCUGGAAGUGGAGAGCUACCUCUUGGAACAGAGCUAUUCGGUUUGGGCGAACAACUGUCAGCAUUACGCGAAGCAGCUGGCGGUAGAGAUUGUCACGAGGCAACCAUGAGUUGUAAAUAAAUCGCACAUGCGAAAUAUUCUAUCCCGUGAUAACCUCACUCGAGGAGCAAUCAUACUUGCAACGUUGUAAUGGGUAUUCGUGUUUCUGUACUUCAUAGUCCUCACACACCGACGUAGCGAAC